UUACACUCGACACGCCCCCUUCACUCGUGUUAAGUUGAAUUGUUUUAUUUUUUUAAUGGCGCUCUUUUAUUAAAAUUAUCUCUCUUUAGGUUUUUUUUAUGAGAGGUGACGCAGACUUUAUAGGUUUCUGUUAAAGGUUUAUUACGCGUUUGACCUCUGUUUUCGUUACUUAACGGCUUGUGUAACACACGGGUGUUAGCAUGUGGAGUUAGCCACUGUUAGCUACACUGACUUUGUGUAAAGGGACAGGGUUAGGUGCCUCAGGUCUGGGUGUUUCAUAGCUAUGAUUCGAUCAGCAUAUUUCCAGAUGUUUUCCAGAGUGAGACUAUGUUUGAACCCGGGUUUUUCGAUGAGACCUGUUUGUCGACCUGUCCUCUGUAGACAUCAGACCUCCACUUCAUCCCAAACUGAGCCUGCAUCUGUUAAGGUUCUAUAUGAUGGGGUUUGUCCGAUAUGUGUGGUAGAGAUCCGGUUUCUCCAGUUUCUGCAGAGGAACCGGGCUGAGAAAGUGGAUUUUAUUGAUAUAUCACUCCCAGACUACGAUGGAGCAAAGUACAACGACAUCAGCUAUGAGAUGGCCAUGGAGCAAAUGCAUGUGAUUGAUGAGAAAAAUGAGGUUCAUUCUGGGGUCCCGGCGUUUGCUGUCAUGUACAGUGCGGUGGGCCUCGGCUGGUUGGGACGCUUCAUGAUGUGGCCAUGGGUGAGGCCGUUUAUGGACAAAUCGUACACUGUCUUUGCCAAGAAUCGGCUGAAGUGGACAGGACGUGGGGAUGAGUGCACCACAGGACGCUGUGAAAAGAAAACACACUGACUCUGGGUUGACCGCAGUGAAAAUAGUGUGUUAAAUAUGUACAGUAAAUGGACUGUUGAGAAGAACUACACACAUACCUCACACUUCAAACUUCUCAAAAGAGAGAAAUUUUGGCUUUAAAAAUUGUGUAUUUUUUGUGAAAUUAUUGUUUAUCCAGUAAAAGUGAAACUAAUUACUGAAAAAUGGAAAGGGAAAACAAUAAUAAAGAUGUUUAUUAUUGCAAAAGAAAAGCAAAUGUUCUCAUAUACAAGUGUCUUUAAUCUAAUUUCACACCAGUUUAAGCCUCACAUUAAGCGCUGAAGAAAACAUUCCUGAAAACACCAACUAUUAUAGAGUACUCCUCUGCUAAACAACAUUUUGUGAUGGAUCACGCAAUUUUCAGGCUUAUAAUUCAUGCUCGGGUUCUCAUCGUCUAGAUCUCCGAGUCAGCCAGACAAAUCAAGUCCCACCAUACAGACAUGACGGAGCAGAAAAAGAGCCCUUUGUAUGUGACCAGAGCUGCAGUGUAAUGCUCAUAAAAUUUUCAUCCUGUUGCAAAUAAACAGAGAUAAGAAUGCAAAACGUUGAAGCAGUGAGCCAUCAAUUUCCUGUCUUGUAAAAUGUCUCAGAUUGAAGCUCCAGAGCAAUUGGAUGUUUGCUUAGCAACCACUAGAUGUCACUGUAAGUCAAUAAUAGUGAAACUAUAGUGCCUAUUGUAUUGAUUCACAUUUUGAUUGAUAUAAAUCUGACUGAUCUCUUUAUUUAAGACUGCUUUGUCUUUGUGAAGCUUGAAAUAUCAGCAAGAAUGAUAAAUUUAAUAGUGUAUUAUACUGAGAAGUGGAUGUUGUUUUUGCAUUUCUGACAAAAAGUGGUGAAGUUGCUUGAUAUUUGUCAUUUAAACAAACUUUUACAAGUAGUAUCUUAGCAGUUUCAGUUAAAAAGAAAUGUACAUUGGAGUCUUUACCUCUUUGACCUUGCUUUAUCAACAAUCCAUGUAGAACAGCAUGUGCUCAUUGAAGGUUAUAGUGCAGUAAUGUUGACAAAACACAUUAUUUAAGGUCGUACACUUCCAGUGAUGUACGUAUCUUUUGUAGUUUGCAUAUAUGACCAGAAGAGUAUAGAAGGAUAUUUUAUUAUUUUCACAAAUUUAUUGUAAAUUAUAAAUAUAAAUAUAUCAUAUAGUCUGUUGCCUUUUUCCAGUUAUGAAGAAUUAUAAUAUGAUAAAGUAACUUCACAACUAUUUUUUGUGUUCUGACAUGACGUUAACAUCAGCUCCUUAAGACCUUCGUGUUAUCACCCAGUCCCUAAUUUUAGACCUGUGCUGCCUGUCCAGGAGUCAGCAGUGACAGCACAUGACCCUAAGUCUGAAGUCUUACCCAGCAUUGGUCACGUCAGCCCACCCCCCCAGCCCAGCUCCACCAAUAAGAUUAAGGCCCUGCAGGAAAGAAAGAGUGAAUUAAGGAUCAAAACACAGUAGAACCGGUGUCCCAGACAACAUGUCAACAGUGUUGAAGCGGAUUUUAAAGAACAGAAAGGUGGUUGAAGAGGAUUUGUGAAGACAGAAGAACUAGGUGGUGCUUCAGGUCAAACAUGGGUCGCUACCUCAACUCAUGUUCAAGCUCUCUCAACAAGACUCUGAGAUCUUACUGCAAAAUCAGAUACUUAAUGAGCAUUCUCAGAAGACAUCAUCAACCGACAACUAAAGCGCUGCUACGCCUGGACGUCCACAGAUAUCCCCCUCAUCCUCUUAGAUGCACACGAAAACCCACCAUUAAAAAUGCAAAUUUGCACCACAGAGACUCAGGCUCCAUCUCUCACCACCCCUUCAGAGGCUUUGACCAGGGGGUUACACAUGUCAGAGUUGUACGUUUCUACUCAUCCUCCAGCCAGGAUGAAUUCAAAGCUGAAGCUCCAGUUGGGAUCCUGGAGGAGGCUCAGAGCAGCCUUCAUUUGAGUUCACUAGGAGGACGCCUUGGUCAAUCAUUUAAUCAACUGUCAAGACACGUUAACAUGUAUUUCAAAAGAAAGGACGUUGUACCUUCAGCUGAAAGCGCAUCUCAUGUUGUCAUAACUCUGGAUCAUCUUGGCAGGUCACAGAGGCGUAGUCAGAGCCAACGGGCGACCAGAGAGCGAAAUAUGUCUGAAAACAAAACCACGACACAGACCUCAACAUGUAAAGAAACACAGGAUACAUCAGAAACAAGUACUGCAGUCAAAGAAAGGUCUGGUGUUCAACUUUUCCACAUCAGCUCGUUGGCCACAAGAUUUGGUGAAAGUUACAAUUACGUUGCAAGUCACAUUAACUCCGUUUUUUCUAAACCGUCUACAAAUGUUGAAAUGGAGGAAAACUCAGAUACAUCUUCAAUUAGAGGAACAAACAGGAGGCAGAGGAGGAGAAAGAUGCAAAACAAUUACAGUAUAAACUCAAAUCAGGUUCAAUCAAGUGCUGACCAGGUGACAAAGGAAAGCACAGGUGUCUCCAGCAGCUGGGAGGAGGGAUACCAACUGUUUGGAAGACACAUUAAUAAAUAUUUUGGUGCUAAGGUUACAGAUGAUCACAAGUUGGGCCGACCACUUCCUGUAGAAAAUAAUAGUAUUUACAAAAACUACUUGAACAAACAAUCUACCUCACAAACUCAAGGUGCUGCCUCUCAACUGAAACAAGAAGUUAUCCCAGAAACUCAAAGCCUUUUCCACACCAGCACCAAUACAACUAACUUCGGGGAGAACUACUUCCAAACGGCUAGUCACAUCAAUCAAUACUUCAAGGGUGAAACAGGGUUGGAGAGUGAACCAGAUGGGGUGCUAACAGAGGCAGACACAACAUCUGCUACUUAUGGGCAAGAGAGGACUGUUUCCAUCAUGAACUUCCUCCUCCACCCUACAAGUGCCAUCCCUGACUUUCUAAACUCUUACCUCAAAGUGAAUCCAUUGACCCAGAACAGUAAAGCCAAAUCUACCGUGACCUCCCCAGGAGCAAUAUUAAGGAAAAAGUUUGUGUUAAGUCAGAGGCAGGCGGAGGAAACAACACGUGGGUUGAUUGGUUGUCUGGGACAGGCUUCAUCUCCAGAGGCUCUGACCGCCUGCGUGGAGGCGCUCAAUGAACACCUGAUUCGCUAUCCAUCAUGCAAAAUCUUACUGUGGCAGGAGAAAACUGCUCUUGUACUGCUGAGACACAGGCGAGCAAACAGAGGCAACCAGGCGCUUCAGGGUGCCAUCAGGGAGACCCUGGCUCUGGUCGGAUAUGUGGAUCCAGUCAAGGGCCGUGGCAUCAGAGUGCUCUCAAUUGAUGGGGGUGGAACAAGAGGUGUGGUGCCUCUGCAGGUGUUAAAACUUUUAGAAGCUGAGACAGGCAAGAAGAUCCACCAGCUGUUUGACUACAUCUGUGGAGUAAGCACAGGUGCUGUUCUCGCCUUCAUGCUGGGUCUGGCCCAUUUUUCUCUCGAGGAGUGUGCUGAAAUGUAUCGUCGUUUUGGCGCAGAGGUGUUUCGACAGAACCGCCUGGUGGGCACGGUGAAGAUGGGCUGGAGUCACUCCUACUAUAACACUGAGACUUGGGAAACCAUACUACGAGAGAAGAUGGGAGACAGAGUACUUAUUAAGACAGCCAGAGAUGAGUUAUGUCCAAAGGUUUCAGCAGUCAGUACAGUGGUAAACUGGGGUACAAGCCCGAAGGCCUUUGUUUUCCGCAACUACAACCACACGCCAGGGUCUCUGAGCCGUUACGCAGGAGGUUCUGCUUAUGAAAUGUGGCAGGCAGUGAGAGCAUCCUCAGCCGCCCCAGGAUACUUCCAGGAGUUUACCCUACACAGUGACAUUCACCAGGAUGGGGGAAUUAUCCUAAACAACCCCUGUGCCUUGGCUGUCCACGAGAGCCGUCUGCUGUGGCCCAGACAACAUUUCCAGUGUGUGCUGUCCCUUGGCACUGGUCGCUAUGACAAUGCAAAGAGGGGUCCUGCCACCUCCACCAGCCUGAGGGCCAAAAUCAGCAACCUAAUCUGUAGUGCCACAGAUACCGAAGGAGUCCACACCCUUUUGGAUGACCUGUUGGCCCCUAACGUGUACUUUCGCUUCAACCCUAUGCUGAGCGCUGAGGUGUCUCUAGAUGAAAGCCGACCGGGGGCUCUGGACCAGCUGCACAGAGACACGCAGACUUACCUGGAGAGAAAUCGGCCUAAACUGGCCAGACUCUGCCUGGUGCUUGGGGCAGAGCGCUCAGCUGUUAGCAAAACUAAGGACUGGAUCAAUGAGAGAGCCUGGGAGAUGAAACAGAGAUGGGCAUGAGUAGACACACCCAUACAGACCAUCGACUAAAUGUUACAAAAAUAAAAUUAUCUAGAGGCCUACACGUGAAACACCCAGAAAACUGCAGCAUCAGCAAAAUUUUCUAAAGAUUAUUGUCGUGAAAGUUAUCGUUUAAAUGCUGUUACGAAGUUAUGCAAGUCAGGAAUCUACAAAGACAAAAGACAGACUCAGUCAACAGGAACUAAGAUGCCACAUUUGCCAAGCUUCUAUUGGUGUAUAAUCAACAUUGUGUUUUGUAUGGAAGGAACCCUUUAUAUUUAUAUAGAAGGAUACUCAAUUACUGGACCUACCAAAUUGUGCAUCCAUCUGAGCCUUGAAGUGACAACCAUUGUAGGCUCUCUGACCUGCUACAAAUGGUGGAGUAUUUAACUGUGUGCAAUCUGUAUAGUCACCACCAGAUGCCGCUAAAUCUCACACACUGUUGCGAGAAAGACUACAGGUACAUCUAACUGUGGACUUUCUGAAAUGAGUGACAAAAAUAUUGCACUUUUUCUUGAUAUUCUAAUUUUUUGAGAUGUACCUGUGCACCUUCACUCUGUUGUCAAGCACACUAAUACACAGUGAUAAUGGUAACUUGGUGAGGUGCCAUUUUAAGUCAAAUAUAGUGAUAAAAUACGCACAUUUAUGCACUUUACUGUAAAUUAUUUUAUGGUUUGGAAUUUAUACAUGUAACAUGAUCGACAUUUAAUAUAUAGACAUGCUUUACCUUCAAAUAUAAG